CUUGACAGAGACUGGCAUGAGUGCCAACAUGACAAACAACAUGACAUGUGAUUUUUCUCAUGUGGAUGAACUGAUGAAAGUUUUGGAGCUGGUCUUCUACAUUCCUAUAUUCGUCUUUGGUCUGAUUCUCAAUAUUGCGGCGCUGGUAGUGUUCUGCGGCCUUCUGCGCAAAAAGACUGAAUCCACUAUCUACAUGAUGAACUUGGCUCUGAUGGACCUGCUUCUCCUGUUCCCUCUUCCCUUCAAAAUGCAUGCCACUAAUAAUAAGUGGGAUCCCAACCUCCAGGGACUGUGUUCAGUUUUGGAAGGGCUUUAUUUUUAUGGGAUAUACGGAAGCAUAUACAUCAUUAUGUGUAUAGCUGUAGAUAGAUGGGUGGCUAUCUGUCAUCCGUUUAAAGCAAAGGAGCUGCGUUCACCCAAAAUGGCUGUGGGGGCUUGCGUGGUUGUGUGGGUGCUGGUGUUUGCAGCAAUCUUUCCAGCCAUGUCCCAGUUAAAAAGGCAUAAGGAUCCAAAGGAGCCCUUUCACUGCUUUCACGAGUUUUCAAAAAAUGGCUGGCAACCUGCGAUCAUCAUCAGUGUGCAGGUGUUUGGAUUCGUUGUGCCUGCAUUGGUGGUGGUUUGCUGUUCAGCUAAGAUCAUCUGGGCACUUCAGCAGUCUGGCCAGCACAGCUCCCAGAGCCGGGCCUGUGUGAAGAUCAUCUACAGCAGCCUGUGCGCGUUCCUGGUGCCUUUCACUCCGAGCCACCUGGGCAUCUUUCUGCAAUUUCUGGUGCAUCGUAAAGUAAUUUACGACUGUGGUGCCCAGACCAGUAUCAGCCUAUUCUUACAGAUUGCUAUGUGCCUGUCAAACAUCACCUGCUGUCUGGACGCCAUGUGCUACUACUUCAUUGCCCGUGAGGUGAGGAGCACCAGACACAGCUUCAGGAUGUCAAUAAUGAGCCAAAGAAGAGCCACCAACAGCACUUCUGAACGAGACAAGGGCGACUCAAGUUAAAUUAUGAUUUGUCCCCAGAGGACUGCUGCCGCUAAACACAAGAUCUGGCCUCAUGUUCCAGCGGGGUAGUAAAACUGGAGACCAACCAAUUUUGGUCCCAGUAACUGAUAAGCAAAGUGUCAUACACUAAGAGCAAUUACCUGCUAGCAAGGAAGCAGGUCAGAGUGUAAAAUAAAUUAACCACACAGCUGAAAGUAAGGCUGUAUGAUUUGAUCCAGCAGCAGGAAGCCAGUAGGUACCUCUGCAACCUCAAAGUGCUCUGAUACACCAAAUGAAGGCUGCAAAACAACCAAUGAACCAACAAGCCACCAUCUGACACGUUUCUAAAAUCAUUAAAAGCGGGAAAAGGUCACUCUGUCCAGCAAACUGACAAAGUGACAGCCAGCAUUACUCAUUUUAAACAACUAAAAGCUGGUACUGGCAGCUAGCACAACAACUUUCUUGUUGAUAUCAUCUAGGACUGAAAU